AUGCAUAAAAAAAUUCAACUAAAGGAUAACCAAACAAACGAAGUUGACGACACAGCAUCACCUCCGGAACAACAAACGUCUCACAAAUCAAGUCGCACAACACCAAUUUCUCCAUCAACGCCGGCCAGUGACACAAUCGAAUCCACUCUGCCGGGUACCAAACUACCCAAGACGUCGACCCAAUGGUCCGAAGCCAACGUUUACUUUCAACUACAACAACAAUCACUUCCAAGCUAUGACAAUAUCGACAACUUCACGUCCGCCUUCCAACAAAUGAUUUACAACUAUUUCGCCACAAACUAUGGCACUCUUAAACAACAACACAGUCAAUAA